CCCCUGGCAGUUUCUCCCUCACCCCAAAGCUUGCUUAAACCUUGGCCCAGGAGCAAAGUCAUGUGGAGCUCAGAAUAGCUCCUGGGAACCUCGUGGCUGGAUCCGGCUCAGCUCAGGCUCCACUCAGGGACGCAGACACCCUCUCCCUCCAUCUGUCUGUGUCCCUCCUUCUUUUUCUCUUUCUGCUUUUGGCCCCCACCUCUCCUCUCUCCCACCCCUCUUCCCACAUGCUCACACUCUGCCGUCAUGAGCUGGUCUCCAAAAGAGUGCAGGGGGCAGGAAGAACCCCUGGAUGAUAGACAUGCCCUCUGUGCCAGGCUGGUGGAGGGGCCCAGCAGAGGGCCUGCAGAGCACCCGGAGUCUGGCCCGGGACCCAUCGUCGCCCGCACAGCCUCCGGACCUGCCCUGGCCUUGUGGCAGGCAGUGCUGGCCGGGGACGAGGGCUCUGUCUCCCGUAUCCUCGCCGACUCCAGCACCGGCCUGGCACCAGAUUCCAUCUUUGACACCAGCGACCCAGAGCGAUGGAGGGACUUCCGCUUCAACAUCCGAGCUCUGAGACUCUGGUCCCUGUCAUACGAAGAGGAGCUGACCACCCCCCUGCACGUGGCAGCUAGCCGGGGCCACACAGAAGUUCUGCAGCUGCUGCUGCGGCGGCGGGCCAGGCCAGACAGUGCCCCCGAGGGCCGCACAGCCCUGCACGAGGCCUGCGCUGCUGGCCAUGCUGCUUGUGUCCACGUGCUGCUGACGGCAGGAGCUGACCCCAACAUCCCUGACCAGCAUGGGAAACGCCCCUUGCACCUCUGCCGAGGGCCUGGCAUCCUUGAGUGUGCAAAGCUACUCCUGAGGUUUGGGGCAAAAGUCGAUGGUCGGUCCGAGGAGGAAGAGGAGACCCCUUUGCAUGUGGCCGCUCGGCUUGGCCACGUGGAGCUGGCAGACCUCCUUCUAAGACACGGGGCAUGCCCCGAUGCCCGUGAUGCCGAAGGCUGGACCCCGCUGCUGGCUGCCUGUGACACGCGCUGCACAUCCCCUGCUGACACCGAAGCCACCACGGCCCGCUGCCUCCAGCUGUGCCGCUUGCUGCUCUCAGCUGGCGCCAACCCUGAUGCAGCUGACCAAGACAAGCGGCGGCCCCUGCACCUGGCCUGUCGCCGCGGCCAUGCGGCGGUCGUGGAGCUUCUCCUGUCCUACGGUGUCAGUGUCAACCUCAUGGACUACGGGGGACACACAGCCCUGCACUGUGCUCUGCAGGGCCCACCCGCUGCCCUGGCCCAGAGCCCGGAGCGUGCAGUGCGGGCUCUGCUCAACCACGGCGCCGUCCGAGUCUGGCCUGGGGCCCUCCCCAAGGUGCUGGAGCGCUGGUGCACGUCCCCGCGAACCAUUGAGGUCCUGAUGAACACGUACAGUGUCGUGCAGCUUCCUGAGGAGGCCAUGGGCCUGGUGCCUCCCGAGACUCUGCAGAAGCACCGCCGUUUCUACUCGUCCCUCUUUGCCUUGGUGAGGCAGCCCCGGUCGCUGCAGCACCUGACUCGCUGUGUGCUCCGUGCUCACCUGGACGGCUGCCUACCCCACGCCCUGCCCCGCCUUCCCCUGCCACCCCGCCUGCUCCGUUACCUGCAGCUGGACUUUGAGGACGUGCUCUACUAGGUGUCCACUGUCUUUUGAGAGAGGCUGAAAGCAGACGCUCCAGGCCCCAGGGCACCAGCCCUCUUCUCACAGUGCCCCGAACCAAGGACUGAAUUGAACCAACUGGGGCAGAGGGGGCCCUCUCAGCAGGCGGUCCAUCUCCACUGGCAGAGUGGAUGCUGCCAUUCCCACCAGGGAGAGGCAGGCGGACCCAUGUUUGAUGGGCAGAGAGCUAGGACUCAUGGCAAGUGAUGCACUCCCCUUGGGGCCUCCCGAGGUCCCCUCCGGCCCAUCCCAACCCUGUAUGAGCAUUAAAGUCUCCAGACCUGU